AUAAGAAGAUUGGGUGGAAAAUUACGUGUUCAUUCAUUGAAAAUAGGCAUUUAAAAAUCAUUACGAUAUUAGUCUGGGAGAUAAAUGUAGAAAAAUUGUUGUUAAUUUGGUUGGUUUUGUUGUAACAGUGCAUUCAUUAGUAAAUGAAUAUCACAAUUGCAUUUGGUAUAGUUUGUGUUGAUUUUCUUUGCUGAUGCUUAUGAGUUCUUUUAACAUUUGGUGAGUUCUUUUUGCUUUAUCUAUCCUUGGUGCGCCUUGUGCUAUGAAUUAUGAUAACCUCAACCUGUUAAGAUUAGGGCGCACCGACCAGGAGUGGACUGGAGGGCGUUAUUUAUAAAAAGAGGAUCUUCAAAUGGUCGAUUAGCGGGAUGUUACCGCUGCUUCAUUGAAUUUCAACUACUACCAAUACCAUGCUUCUCCAGAAUACUAUACCAGGGUUUAACGUUUUUCUCCUUUUUUAGUGUUUUUAUUUCUCCUCCUCAUCAUCAUUGAUUAAAAUUACACAAUUUCCUCAAUCAGAAAACAUAUUAAACCCCUAAUUAAAUUAUAUGACCUAAAAUUUAGGGUUUUUCUUGUUGUUGUUGUUGAGAUCAGCUUAUUCUAAUAAUGGGAGCAAUAAAAUUGGAACUACCUUGUUCUAAGAAUACUGCGAAUAGUAAUAAUGACAGCAGACCCUGAGCCAAAUUGGAAUUCAGAUUCUUUAUUAUCUGAAUUAAAUUCCUUAAAACUUAAACUAAAUGGGACUUCUUCAACUUCAUCUUCCGCUUCUUACCUUAUUGUACCUUUUACUAAAAAACAAGUACACAGUAAGAAAGUGGUUAUUAGAAGUAGUCAGAGGCAGAGGGGUUUUGUGAUGAGAAUAUCUGAAGACGAUGAUUAUGAUUACGAUGAUGACGGGGUUAAUGAUAGACAGUUAGUUACAACUGGUAGGCGAUUCUCUUUUACUGAUUCCAGUGACUCGGAGAGAUCUGGGGAUGAUGACUCAGUUAUCGAAGAGAAUCAGAUGCAAUUGAUGGGUCGAGUCGGACUGCUGUACUGUUUAUCUCAGUAGUUAAUUAUUCAUACAGUUUAACUUUUCUACCCGGUCUUUACUGUACUGUUUCAACUCGAGUUUGUUAGUUUUUAAAGGCCAUUUCUUGUUUUUCUUGGAUCAAUUGAUCUUUUAUACGUUUGUGCUGUUGCUUCAUGUAGUAUCAUAAACUUGCGAUAAAAUGAGUUAUGGAGAGUUUGUUACCAUGGAAGAGUUUAAAAGUCGAUCAGUGAAGAGUUUACUAGAUGAAAGAAUGGUUGGUAAGGUGAUUUUGGCUGUGAAAAAGAGGGCUGAAGAAGCACGAAAGGCAGCAGCCUUUGAAGCAGAAAAUCGGAGAGCUAAAGAGGCUGCAGAAAAAGAAGUCACGGAGAAUGCAAAAAAGGCAAGUGAAGAGACACAAAAGAGGGAAGCUGUUCAAACACUAGAAGAUGUAAACAGGAGUGAACCUGGCAGUUCUGGAUCAAAUAUUUUACCAUCAGCAGGUAGUUUAGUUAGGGCUGCCGAUAGUGCUCUACGAGUAGAGGUUGAAAGGAUUCAAAAGUUUAAGGAGGUUGAUGAAAAUAACCAGGCUUUGAGAUUGAGUCAUAAUCAGGUUCUGGGGCAUCUUUCACAAGGUUUUGUGUUUCAUGCCUCAUGUUUGGACAAGAUUUUCGUAGUCAUGAAUUGCAAAUUGGUCUGCGGAUAAAGCAAAUAUCUGGGAAUAGAGACAGUGUCAGAGCAAAAGCGAGUGAACUGAUUAGACUUAUUAAUGAUCCUCUAUGUCCUCAAUCAAUUAAUGCUGUUAUGUUUGCAAAGAAGAUAAUAUGCAUUGUGCUUACAAAGGGAAAAAAAUUAUUUUAGUAUCUUUAGGAAAUUAAAAAGAGUUCCUUGAUGUGCGGAACAUCUUUUGCAAAAGCUUUGUUAACUAUCAUGUUAUAAGUUGAGACUGUCAGUUCUUUUCUUUAUGCAGCCUUCGCAUUUUAUUGAAUUAAUGAGUUUACUUAUU